CAGGAAGCGUGCUGGAUCUGCCACAGCGGGACAGAGGCUGGCUAUCUCGAGCGGCCGUGCCGCUGCCCGCGCAGCGUGCACCCGGCCUGCCUCGCUCGUUGGCAACUUGCGAGCGCGGGGAGGGCCGAGGAGCGAAACUGCCGCUUCUGCCAGGACCACCUGCCGGACUGGAAGGAGGCGCACAGUGCCCUGCCCAAAGCGCGCAGUAUGAGCGUCGUUCACGAAGGAUCGACACACCAACUGGCCGUGCAUCCUGGCCCUCAGGGCAGGAGUGAGUUUGAGGCCGCGAUCAGGCGCAUCUUUGGCCUGGCGCCAGAUGCAACGGUGCAGCUCACCUUUGGCUGCCGGCUGCCGGAUAACAGCGGUGAGGUAACUUUGGAGGGCAGCGGCUCCUUUGAUGCCGCGGUUCAUCUGGCCGCCAUUAGCGCCGGCCAGCGC